AACUCCGUUAAACUAAUGCUUACUGUAACGGAGAUAGUAAAAAUUUCCCGCUUCAUUUACCCGGAUCCUCUCUCUCUCUUUCUCUUUCUCUCUCUGUGGCUGAUUCACAGUAACGUGGCACCAUGUCACCGGCUACCUGUACGUGUCAUCGAAAUCGACACAAAGCAACAUCUCGGCCGUCCGAUCGACAUGUUCCGAUCAAAAUUCUCGUUGACCUAUCGAACGGCCCACAGGAAUUGUUCGUUUGGUACAAAACCACCAAUCCCCUUCCCUCAUCAUAUAGGCACACCGAGUCCACCAUACAAAAGACGAAAUUGGAGCCACUGAGACUAGAUCGAACGGCUCUGGUUAACGAUUCCACAUCGACUGUACCGUGUAUAUUUAGGGUCCCACUCACACACCUGCACCCUGUCUCCGAUAUUGGUAGACGGAAUAGUAGGAGUCGUUCUGAUCCCCUCGCCACCGCGUCCAAACCCUAACCCUAGUUUUAAACCCGAUCUCUCGAUCCGGACCCGAAGCACUAUUGGCCGAGUGCUCGAGAAAAAGCCCAGCAGAAGCCAUGCCUUCGGUCGAAGAGGAGCAGGAGCGCGCCGUCUUCGACGACGACGUCGACGACGAUGAUGACGACAUGGAGGGCGACGACAGCGAGGAGGACGAAGAGGAAGGUUACGAGGACGACGAUACUGAGGCGGUGCCGCCACCCGCCUUCGCCGGCGCGGCAGCGGCGGCCGCGCCUCCUCUCCCCGCGAAGCCCGCGGAGGAGGGCCUCAGUGGCUCCACAACCUCCACAUCCUCCUCCUCUGACCGCGCCGCCCCGAACCCUAACCCCCCCUCAAACCCGAACCCGAACCCUACUACCGCCGCAGAUCCGGGCUCCACCCCGCAGAACGGCGCCAUCCCUGCUCUUCCCCUCUCGGCCGCCGCGCCCUCUACCCCCGCGGCUGGCGGCCAAUUCACGCCAUGCUCCUCCGGUCCCGUCACCCAGCCGUCCGAGGACAGGAAGCCGUUCCCUGUCGCGGUAGCCGCUGUCGGCGGCGGAUACGACGACUCCCGGCGGCUCUUCCAGCGGCUGUGGACGGAUGAGGAGGAGAUCACGAUCCUGCAAGGGUUUCUUGAGUUCACGGCGCGGCGCGGCACCACCUUCGCUUCCCACCAGUACGACACCGGCCCUUUCUACGAGGAGAUCAAGCAGCGGCUCCAGCUGGAGUUCACCAAGAACCAACUCAUCGAGAAGCUCCGCCGGCUCAAGAAGAAGUACCGGAACGUCGUCAGCCGUAUGCGGUCCAUGGGGAAAGAUUUCGCCUUUAAGAGCUCCCAUGAAAAGGGUAUCUAUGACAUAGCUCGCAACAUCUGGAGUGCUAACGUCAAGAGGGCUCAUGACAGCGACGACGACGAUCUCAACACCCCUAACAAUUCCUAUACCAUCGAAGCCAUCUCCGGUCCCGAUGGAGCCACGACGAAUUCAGACAGGAGGAUCUCAAGAUCACGGAGGCGUUUCAGAAGGAGGGCAGCAGAAGAGGCAACGGCAACGGCGGCGGCAGCAGCAGCAGCAGCAAACCCUGCAACAGUAGGGGUCCCGGUAACCCAAGUGCCUUCAUCGUCAGCUGCAGCGAUCCCGGGCAUCAUCGAGGAGACGGUGAAGAGUUGCCUCUCGCCGCUGUUUAAGGAGUUGAUAUGCUCGGCAACCGGGGGACCGCUCGGUCCGGGGCUCAGUGGUGAGGCUGGUAUAUUGGGGCCAGGGCUAGGCGGCGCUGCAGCGGCGCUGAGCCCAAUGCCAUUCUGCCUCGGCGGAGGCCCGGCAAGUCUUCCAGGCUCAGGGGCGGCCGUGGAUGAGAAGUGGAAGAAGCAGCAGAUCCUGGAGCUGGAGGUGUACUUGAACCGGAUAGAGCUCCUGCGAGACCAGAUCAAGUCUACCUUGGAGGAGCUCAAGUCCUCCGGGAGCUGAUAAGAGGUUUCCUUUCACAACUUGUACUUUUUAAGUUGUGGAUCUGAUGUUUCCGUUCGUAAUUCUUAGUUUGGAUAAUUCUGUCUUGUUAAUUAGAAGAUACAGGGGCUUUGGGAAUAACUAUCGUUCCUUUCUUCUAGUAAUCUCCAUUCGAUUUAGUUACUUUUUUCCUUGUGCUCUACAGGAAAGAUUACCUGGAGGAAUAAGUGGAAAGAAUUGUGGGCACUCUUAUUUUCA